AUGACUGAUAUAAGUAAUAUUAUUCCGCUAGCCGAUGAAACAAAGACAUCUUCUAUAAAUAAUGAACAUAUCAACGAUUUAAAUAAUAAUAAAAAUAAUUCAAUGUCGAAUAAUAUUCAUGAUACAAUAAAUGAUAAUGAUGAUGAUGAACAACAAACAGUUAAAACAAAAAUAAUUAAAUGUAAAACAAAUAAUCAACAAGCUCAAACAUCUUCAUAUAAUAUAUUAACAUCAAAUUGUUCGACAUCAUCAACAACAACAACAACAACAACCAUACAUUCAAUUGAUGUACCUAAUGAACAUGCAUCAAUUAAAUUACAUAUUCGACGUGUUUGUUCACCAUCAUCAAAUGAUACAGUAUUAAUACAUCCAACAACAAAUCUUUUAUCACAACAACAAUCAAAUGAUUCUAAUGAACAACAAACAUCAACAAGAAUAAUUUCAAGAAAAUUUUUUAAUUCAAAUGAAGUAACAAAUAAUAAAUUUUCGCGUCGUCUUAUAUCAACAAGACGUACAUCAUUAAUUGAAACUGAUCAAUAUAAUACAUCUUCAUCAAUAUAUAAUCUUCCAAACACAAUUAUUGAUAAUCAUAUAAAUAUAUAUGAUGAAAAUACAUUAAAAAAACAAACAACGAAAACAAAUGGAAAUAAACGUAAAUCUCCAAAUGAACAACAAGAAAAAAAACGAACGAAAUUAACUACAAAAGCAAUUAAACAACAAACAAAUAAUAAUAAAUCUUCAAAUCCUCCUGUACAAACUCGUUCAUCAUCUCGUUUAAAACAAAAAAAUAAUCCGAUAAAUGAUCAUUACUCAUCAUCAAAUAUUAAUCAUCUUGAUUCAUCUAUUGAUAAACGUUCAGCAACAAUAAAACGUAAUUUAAGUACUGAAUUAAUAACAAUACAAACAUCUGAUCAUUCAACAACAACUAUGGAUGAUUUACCAAUAGGUGAAUAUAAAUAUCAAUAUUCAUCAUUAUCUUCUUCCAAACAAUAUCAAACAAGUGAAUGUCAGACAUAUGAUGAUAUAAUUGAAGUAUUUCAUCAAUCAAUACAAACAAAUUGUUUAAUUAAAUCAGAUAAAUCAACAUAUACAGAUUUUAUUGAUCAACCAUUAUGUGAAAAUAGUACACAAACAAUUCGUAAAGAAGAACAAGAAACUCAAACAACAGAUCUUAACUGUCCAAAUGAUUCUCAAGUUUAUUUAUAUAAUUUAAAAACAACUCAUACGCAAUACGAUGGAAUAUCAGAUAGAUGUUCAUUACCAUCAUCAUCAUUAUCAUCACCAUCAUCAUCAAUAUCUUCACCUAAUAAUUUAUAUGAUCAACAACAAAAACUUUCAUCACCAUAUAUAGAUUUUUCAUUAACAAAUAGUAAUAAUGAUCGUUUACAAUUAUUUCAAACAUUAGUUCAUACAGAAGAACAUCCAAAUGGUGGUGCAAGUUUAAUACGUACAUAUUAUAAUGAAUUUUUACGUUUAUCAAAUGAAAAUGCUAAUUUAUUUGUUAAUUAUUUUUUUAAUCUUGUUUAUGGUGAAAUAAAUCAACGUGCAAAAUAUUCAAUUGGUGUUUUACAUGAUGGUGCAAGAUAUUUACCUGAUUUAGUUGAUUAUUUUAGUUUAUCAUAUCCUAAAAUGAUUGUUAAAACAUCAAAUAUAAUUAAUUCAAAAGAAGUUUUAACAACAACUAUGGGAGAAUAUAGAAAUCGUAUUGUACAAACAUAUUCAAAUGGAACAUUUCGUUAUGGACCAUUAUUGAGUAUAUCAUUAGUUGGAAAAGUAACUGGCAAAGAAGAAUGUGGAGAUUAUUUUCCAGCAUUUAUUGAUAAAUUAGAAGAAAAUCCAUUUUUACAACAUGUUAUGCCAUGGGGACAAUUAUCAUCAACUAAAAUGAAAUCUCGAACAGAAUCAAAUGAUGGACCUAUUUUAUGGGUUCGACCAGGUGAACAAUAUGUUCCAACAGCUGAACAUAAAAUUUGUCAUCCAAAAAAACGUAUGACUAAUGAAUUAAGAAAUUUAGCAUUUACUGGACGUGGAACAGAUCCAAGAGAAGUAUUAGUUGAAGAUAGAACAAAAGCACAUAGCGAUCAUUGUGAUGGAGAUGGUGUUGAAACGACAGCUGCUGUUGGAAUUUUAAAAGCUGUACAUUGUGGAACACCAGCAACAAUUAAUCGAAUGGUGAAAGAUGUUGUUUGUUUUCAUGCAGAAGAUUUCGAAAAAGUUGUCGAAAAAUUGAAACUUGAUUUAUAUGAACCACCUACAUCACAAUGUCUACAAUGGUGUGAUGAAGGUAAAUUGAAUCAAUUACGACGUGAUGGUAUUCGUUAUGUUCGUUUACCAUUAUAUGAUAAUGAUAUUUAUUUUAUUCCACGUAAUGUUGUUCAUCAAUUUCGUACGUUAUCAGCCGUAUCAUCAAUAGCAUGGCAUGUUCGACUGAAACAUUAUUAUCCAAGUGAAUUACCUGAUGAUGAAUAUACUCCUCUCUAUAGUCCAAUAUCUGAUACAUAG